AAACACGAAAUAUUUAGAUAACCAGAAACAAUUCAUAUUUGACAUACUAUGAAAAUAAACACUUAAUCCUCUCCCCUACCAUGGUGACGUCAGAAAGUCAGGUGCACAAGUCUUUCCACGGUCAGCCCCGCCCAGGCCCCACCCCUGGCCGCCCCGACCACGCCCAUCAGCUCCCCCGCCCUCGUUGCCAUGGUGAUCGCCGCUUUGGGUCGGCGUCCCGGAGUCUCCCGCAAGGCUCUGGUUGCUAUGGUGAUGGCGGCGCAGGGCGCUGGAGGGACUUUUUCGGCCGUGAGCCCCGCCCCCAGCGUACGGGAUUCGUCGAAAGCAGGCGGGUCCCGCGGGGUGCUCGUUGCCAUGGUGAUCGCGGCCUCGACCCUCCGGGACUAGGCAGCGCCAGGAACUGUGUCAGCGGUCGCAGGAUUCCUGGAAGGAUGAGGUCCUCCCUGACACCUUUGGGGCCCUCUGUGAGCCGGGACCGCGUCAUCAGCAGCUUCCCUAAGUGGUACACACCCGCCGCCUGCCUGCAGCUCCGGGAGCACUUCCACGGGCAGGUCAGCACUGCCUGCCAGCGCGGGAACACGGGGACCGUAGGGCUCAGACUCUCCAAGGUGGUGGUGGUCGGCGAUCUCUACGUGGGCAAGACCAGCCUCAUCCACAGGUUCUGCAAGAAUGUCUUCGACCAUGACUACAAGGCCACCAUCGGGGUGGACUUUGAGAUUGAGCGGUUUGAGGUCGCUGGGACCCCCUUCAGUCUCCAGAUCUGGGACACAGCAGGGCAGGAGAAGUUCAAGUGCAUCGCAUCUGCCUACUACCGGGGUGCCCAGGUGAUCAUCACGGCCUUUGACCUCACUGACGUGCAGACCCUGGAGCACAGCAGGCAGUGGCUGGAGGACGCGCUGAGGGAGAACGAGCCGGGCGCCUGCUUCGUGUUCCUCGUGGGGACCAAGAAGGACCUGCUGUCAGGGGCCGCGUGCGAGCAGGCGGAGGCGGAGGCGGUGCGCCUGGCCAACGAGAUGCGCGCUGAGUAUUGGUCCGUAUCGGCCAAGACCGGGGAGAAUGUGAAGGCGUUUUUCAGCCGCGUGGCUGCCCUGGCCUUCGAGCGCUCAGUAUUGCAGGACUUGGAGCAGAGGAGCAGCGCCCCGCUGCAGGUCGGCGGCGGGGACGUCAUCCGUAAGCUCAGGGCCCCCGGGCUGGGGAGGGGCUCACGCCCAACAUCUGCAUCCACCACCCUCUGCUGGGACUCGACCAGACAUCUACCCGGCUUGUCUGGGCCCCUCUCCCAUCCCGCUGACCUCCGGCUGCAGGUCCCCCGCCUGCCGGGCAGCUCAGGUGCCCAGUCAAUGCCAGGUGACUUCUCCCCUUGCUGCAGGGAUGGAGGGACAUCGACCCGAGGCCCCGGACAGCAGGAGGCCCUCCGGCCCGAGUUGUUGUUAGCCAGGCCUGCAAGCAGAGGCCUCCCCACCCUCCACGAGGCAUGCCGGUGGUGCGUCCGUGACAUGGAGGGGGACACGGAGCACCCACCGUGCUGAGCCCCAGGGCCCCCCGCCUCCUCUUCUCCGUAGCAGGGUGGGAGCCAGAGGAGGCCCCCACUGCCACCCAGGGCCCCAUGCUGGAAGGCCAGUCACACCUACAAAGUUGCCCGUCAGCCCCAGAGGCUCAUGACUGCAGGCAUGGCACCUGUCUCCUGGGUCCCAGAGCCCGGGCACAGCCAGGGCUCCCCAGGCCUCUCCCCAGCCUUCCUGGGUUGGCCUCGGAGUCCCCCUCAUCUCGGGCCCAGGCGAGUGGGACUCGCCGACGUCAGCGGAAGCCCAGGGAAAGCUGGGUUUCUCUCCCGGCCCUGACUCUUCUAUGAGCAGGGCUGGGCCUCACCGUCCACCGUCCCUCCGCCACGGACUUGUGUGCCCCUCUCUGGCCACCGAGGGGCCACCUCUGGCUGCGUCGUGACCCGUGAUAUCCUGCCCCCUGGGUCAGGGGCUGAGGACGGGCAGAACGGGCCACGCACACCCCCACCCACCCCUGGGGAUGAGAAGGUGCCGCGCGCAGGUCUCUGGGGACCCCCGUGAUGGCCCACGUGUCUGCAGCACAUCGGAGGCGCUCCAGCACCUGCAGGCAGGCUCCCCGUCUCCAUGGUCCUCCUGACCCCUGGAACAGGCGGAUGCCCCGGCCUCCCCACCCCAGCUCCCGCCCAGAGUGCUUGGCCCGCUCCAGGCUGCCGUGGGGCUCCUCCACAGGGCCUCCUGAGCCCCCACCCCACGGCCACGGGCGGGCGCACGUCUAGCCUCCGUCCCUGGGGACCGCGAGUGUUUCUUGGGCAGCCGGUGGGCAGCGACUGGGGGAUGCCGCGUCUUCUGUUUGGUCUGCCUUCCCCAUGUCUUCAGCUCUCCUUUUCAUAGACGGAGGGUACUCCUUUGUGUAAAGCACUCCCGCAGGAACGGCAAACGCCUGUGAGAUGGGGCAGCACAGGGCUCAGCCUCCAGGGAGGCGCCCCCCAUGGGCCGACGUAAGCAGCGCAGGCCUCCUGCUCCUCGUUAGCUGUGAAACCAGCGUGACCUCUCCCUGGCCCACCGGGCGGCCUUCCUCCCAGGCUGGGCGAGCCUGCGUGUCCCUUCAGGGCUGCAGAUUUGACUUCCUGCAGAUGGGCCAGAGUCCGUUCAGGCCGCCCGGACCUGGGACAGUCGGCUUUUCACUUCUCUUCACUGAGAUGACGGUCCUCACAGCGGCAGUUUUCCGCGCUCGGGAUUCCCCGCAGAGAUCUAGCUGGGCCUCCGGUGGGCUGGCCCACCAGACCCAGCCUCGGCUGCGCCAGGCCCGGGCUUGGGGCACACGAGAGACAGCUCGGGAUGGCCCCCUAAGCUGCCCGGUGGGAAACUCCCCUCCUGGGCCCCCCGUGUGUGUCCGGCUAUUACGGCGUCUCUUCUGAAGCUGCCGUGGGCCCACUGAUCCCACAAGUCCACAGAGACAGUGACGUGUCUGGGCGCCGACGCAGGGCUGUGUGCAAGCACUUCCGAGGCGUCUGGAGGAAACGGGGGCCUCAGACGCAUCCAGAGCCCCCUUCAGUCUGGCGACGGAACACAGGCCUCUCCCGAGGGACCACAGGCUCCUGAGGGCCUUGGGCGCGUGAGCCGGACGCCUGAGGUCGCCUGAGAUGGAGGGCCUCAUCAAUAAUUGAUUCUGCAGAAGGUGGGGGAGUUCCAGCCAAGAGAGGAGGAAAGGUCCACGGCUCACUCACUCGGAGCCCGGGGCCAGCGAAGCCCUGCAGAGACCCUGCUCCCCACUGUGGGCCGGGGCUGGGGGCCUGCAGCAGGUGCCCCGCCAGGCGCCCUCCAGCACACCGCCACGGGCAGGUCUACAGCACAGCUGUAUCGAUCACCCCCAGUUUCCGGUCUUGCCUGCAGCUCCCUGGGGUUGAAGGAUGAUGGAUGACAGCUGGGGGGUCAUGAGGCCACAUCCCCACGUGAAGGGAGCCCUCCUCUGGCCCCCAAAGCUGGUGGGGAUGAGGGCGCACAUAGAGCAGAGAAGCAGCGAAACACAGUCCCCCUUCCUGCUGUGUGAGACCAUCAGCAGUCACUCCCCACGCCUCCCAUCCCCGUCCCCAGGUGACCACCAGCCAACUUUCUGUCCCCAUAGGCUUGGUCUGUUCUGGACAUUUCAUGUAAACGGAGUCACACAAUA